CAGCGCGAGAGAAGGAGGUCUGAAGGAAAGGCAGGCAGAGAGAGAGAGAGAGAGAGACAGCAAGAGAUUAAAAUCACACACAGAACAGAGAGAAGAAAAAGACAACAACCGUUCUAUUUCUCAUUGCUUAUUGUCUCUGAGCCGAGACCAUCCAGAGCACACAACAGCACUGAAUGAGAGAGCAGUGAGAGAACAAGACAUGCAGAGGGCGUGAGACGCUGAAGGAGCUAGCGGCGUGUGUGUGUGUGUGUGUGCGUGCGUGUGUGUGUAGGCAGAUCUGUCCACGGGCUGCGAACUGGAAUAAAGGAGGCUGUCAGCAGCGUUUUUCUACCCUACAACAGGACUCUUUCCACCCAAUUCACCCUUUCUUCACCCUGUGCUCCGUUUGCCUGAAGAGGACAAGGAAGACUGCAGAGAUUCUACCGCACAACCAACCGGUGGGAAGUGCUGAUGCAGUGAGGGGCGAGAGGACACAGGCCCCAGGUUGAUGCAGUAAAGUGCACUUUAAAAAAAAAGAAACUUUGAAGAAAAGGUGUUCUGGCCAUGGGGAACCUCAUUAAGGUCCUUGGCAAGGAUUUAGAGAACUGUCCACACUUUUUCCUGGACUUUGAAAAUGCCCAGCCUACAGAGGCAGAGACAGCGGUGUGGAAUCAGGUGAGCGCCAUUCUGGAGGAGGCCCAUGGCAUACUGGCAGAGCUGCAGUCCUACAAUGGGGCAGGACAGGAAAUACGAGAGGCCAUUCAGAAUCCAGGUGACUUACAGCUGCAGGAGAAGGCCUGGAAUGCGGUCUGUCCUCUGGUCGCUAAACUGAAACGCUUCUAUGAGUUUUCCCUCCGUCUAGAGAAUGCGUUGCGCAGCUUGUUGGAGGCACUCACGAGUCCGCCGUAUGCCCCUAUGCAGCAUCUGGAGCGGGAGCAGGCGCUGGCCAAGCAGUUCGCCGAGAUCCUCCAUUUCACUCUCAGCUUUGAUGAGCUCAAGAUGACAAAUCCUGCCAUUCAGAAUGACUUCAGCUACUACAGGAGGACCAUCAGUAGGAACCGGCUAAACAAUCAACAGCUGGAGGCUGAGAACGAGGUGAACAACGAGAUGGCCAAUCGAAUGUCCCUGUUUUAUGCUGAAGCUACACCCAUGCUGAAGACACUGAGCAAUGCUACAACCAAGUUUGUGUCAGAGAACAAGACACUGCCCAUUGAAGACACAACGGAUUGCCUUAGUACUAUGGCAUGUGUGUGCCGUGUCAUGUUGGAGACUCCUGAGUACCGAUGCCGCUUCACCAACACAGACACCAUGCUCUUCUGCAUGCGGGUUAUGGUGGGCGUCAUCAUUCUUUAUGACCACGUCCAUCCAGUGGGGGCCUUCGCUAAGACCUCCAAGAUUGAUAUGAAGGGGUGCAUCAAGGUGUUGAAAGAGCAGCCUUCAAAUAGUGUAGAGGGCCUGCUUAACGCACUGAGGUAUACAACACGACAUUUAAAUGAUGACAGCACCUCGAAACAAAUCCGAGCUCUGCUCCAAUGAGAGAGGAUGAAGGCAGCUGUGUGUUAGGAAGAGAGAAAAAGUGAGACGACAUAUGAAGGAAGAAGAAACAGAUAGAAAUGCUGGAAUAUGCUACUUGUGGGUGACCCAACCUCUGAAAACUGUUUGUUUACAAGCGUGAAAACAUAAAACCCAUCUCAAUAUCAAUAACCUGGAAAAAAAGUAAAAAAGUAUAUAUAUUGUCAAGCGUUCAUCAUCAUGCCUCUCAUUUUGUAUAACAAACGAGGAGAAAAAAAGAAUGUAAAAAAAAUAUUAAUGUCUAAAAGCAGACACAAAGGGAUCCAGAAGAAAAUGAAUAGACUUAUCUAAACUAUCUAUAUGCCUCUGGUUAGGAGUAAAGGUUUGAAAUCCACCCAGAUGCCAGAGUACGUUUGCACUCCCCAUCUUGCCAUUUCAAUCUCAUUGCAAGAAUUCUUGAAAGUAAGACACGACGAGUUGAGUUCAGAUCAUCUUGCCCUUUAGAUUCCGUCUCCUGGUCUAAACACUUCCUUAGUUACGGAUGACCUUGCGACCUCUAACAGACUUCUGGGAUCUGCAGAAUUCAGUUAUCAUUUUCUACAGCAUACCAGCUUGUCAUGCCAAAUCUUAGACAAAGAAAGGCAUAAUCAUCUUAAUUGAAGUUAAAUUUGUGUUGCUGUUUUAUCGCUGUAACCUUCUCAAAAGAGCACAUUAUAGAAUUAGUGAAGACUUUGUAUUAGAGAUUCUAUUAGAGUCCUGAACGGCAGUCGCCCCUACCCCUCCCCCCAACACCCCACUCACCAAACACACACACACACACACACACACACACACACACACAAGAAUAAUAUUUCUUUUUAACUCAAACAGUUGAGGUUAAACAAGCCUGAAGAAUGAUCUAAUUUAAAGUAAUGACUUUGUGAACACCUGCCUUGGCUGAUACUGUACAAGGCUGAGUGUGCAGCAGCUUCACCUGGCUUCUUCACUGUGUGCUGCUGAGCUGUGGCUGUUUAGGGGCCAGAGUCAACCUCUCGGUCAUCCUAUGCAGUUGCACACAUAAACACAAACGUCUGUGAAAACCAUGAACUAUAUGGGGAGGGGGGCUCCAUCAACAUCUACAUCUGCCAGCUUUAGCCAUAGAACUGUGAAUGGAAGGAAUGGAAGGCGUCAUCUACUGAAGAGGAAAUGCUCAUCACACAGACACAUACACAGACACAGACACAGACACAGACACAGACACACACACACACACACACACACACACACACACACACACACACACAUAUAUAUGCGCACGCACCCAUACACAUGCAAGAGGUUGUGUAACAUUUUGGUGUAAAUAAGGGAGAGCGCUGAGAAAUCAGGCAACUAAGAAAUUUCCAUCAGGCAACUAAGAGGUCUGCUAAAGAUAAACAAAUGUGCUUAUGAUUAACUAGAGAUGUGUCCUUUAGUAUGAAGCAAUUUUUACAUGAUAUUUGACAUGUGGGUAUUUGAAAUAAGAGAUUAUGUGAUUUUCAAAAUGAGGAGAGUUUGACACAGUACUGUACUCUGGAUGGCUGUAGUCGUUAGUCCCACUUCAUUUGGUCAUAUAUUUUCUAUACAGGGAUAUGUUAAGAGGCAUAUUCUGUAUAAAUCUCUAGAUGGCAUGCUGCAAAAGGUCAUAAGAUGUGUAAAUUAAUUUGUUAAUUAAAGUGUUUUUAAUUCA